AUGGCUGAAACGGCAUCGCACACAGCAAGCAGUCCAGCUGAGCCAGUCUCAGACCCCGCUGUGUCACCGGCACAAGGCGGAGUUUCAAUCGCGGCAGCACCCUUGGAAGUAGAUGAUAAAUCUAGCACCACCGAUGAUGCAUCUACUAUCGACGACCGAAUCUCUUCAUACACAGCCUCUUUGACAUCAAGUGUUGUAGACUACCCGGAAGAGUAUGGUCGAACAUAUCAUGCUUUCCGGGCAGGAUCAUACAACUUUCCAAACGAUGAGAGAGAGAUGGAUCGUCUAGACUUGACGCAUACCAUGAUUUUCAAGGCCAUCGGCAACAAGUUCUUCCUCGCCCCCAUCAAGGCUGAGGUGACGCACCGCAUCCUCGAUAUAGGAACCGGUACCGGAAUCUGGGCCAUCGAGAUUGCCGACUUGUUUCCAAACGCCGAGAUCUUUGGGAACGAUCUGAGCCCGAUACAACCAGCUUGGGUGCCGCCGAACGUCAGAUUCGAGAUUGACGAUGUCGAAAGCGCUUGGGUUGUCAACGAGAAAUACGACUUUAUUUUCACGCGAUACAUGGCUGCUUCAAUCGCAGAUUGGCCGAAGCUGGUCCAUAGAGUAUAUGAAAACCUCGCGCCAAACGGCUGGGCUGAAUUCCAAGACAUGAGCGUUCUCUACGCGUGCGAUGACGGAACACUGACCGAGAAGCAUGCAAUCAUGAAGUGGGACCGUCUUUUCAUCGAGGCUUGCAAAAUGCUGGGGCGCGAAGACUCCCCUGGCCCCAAACUCGAGGGUUGGGUUCGUGAAGCUCCCUUCAAGAAUGUGGUUCACCAGCACUUCAAGAUUCCUCUGGGUCCAUGGGCCAAGGACGCGCACAACAAGGAUCUUGGAAUGUGCAAUCUUGCUCAAACUCUCGAGGGCCUCGAUGCAUUCACCUUGAAGCUGUUCAUUGGGGUGCUUGGAUGGACUAGGGAUGAGGUGAUGGUGCUGUUAGCCAAGGUUCGCCAAGAAUUGAAGAGUGGUGCUUUCCACGCAUACCUUAACUACCACGUCGUUUACGGACAGAAGAUUGAAGAGGAAGAGGAAGCAGCUGCGGAGGACUAA